AUUUCGGUGCGCACGAAAGCGCGUAGUCGAGCUCGGACGUAUAUGCCCUCAAAGCCAGACAAAUACGGCCUUCGGUUCUAUGCGGUGGUUGGGUGGGACGCACUGUAUGUUCACUCUCUUUGGGACAAUGGAUCAGGUAAUGCUACCCGGUCUACCCCUGCGGAACGGUACACAGAGCUGUUCCCGUCACUCCGGACGCCACUGCACAACACGCUAUCGCUACCAGAAAUCAAUAUUGAGCCGAAAUCAGCUACAGCGCUGUGGGAGGCUAUGGCCGGUCACCAAACAAGAACGUACCGAUCGCCCAGUGGUCGACGCCUACUGAUUUCAGACAACUUC